GCACUUCCGUGGAACUUAAUUUCCAGCAAAAUCAACGCAGGCUGCUCAACUGAAAAAAAUCCAAGCCAUGCAAUCCCGUUACCGUAACUCAUACCACAUAACUUGACCAAGACAGCAGCCUCCCCACCAACAAAAACUAAGGAUCAACUUCACUUGCAAAACGAAUAGGAAAACAAAAUAUCACUCAUAAAAGGGCCACUCGUUUCGCAUAAAAAUCAACUUCUAACCCGCAACCAUCAACCCACAGAGAAAAGUACAAAGGCGGCUUAGUGAACCAGUCGGGAAUGCAUUAAGAGAACAGUUUGCUGAGCAAUCCAGUUGACAUGGACAAGGCCUGAAAUGUCUACAUUGGAUUUGUGUGAAAAGUACUUCCAAACACGCGACAUAUACAAGCUUUUGGAUCUGCAAAAAGACGCCCAGAUGAAUGAAAUAAAGAAAUCCUAUCACAAGAUGUCCUUGCUUGUACAUCCCGAUCGGGUGCACGAGAGUCAAAAAGCUGAAGCCACCACUAAAUUUCAGGUGCUCUCGAGAAUCUAUCAAGUUUUGACCGACGACACCAAACGCGCGCUUUACGACAAGAAGGGUAUUAUCGAUAGGGAAGGAGACGAUGACAGCGACAAGGACGCCACUUUCAAAGGCAAAGUUGUUAAACUUGACGCCUUUCUUGAUGAAUGGCGCAAAACAUUCCACCCGUUCCUAUACCACAAAAGCAAGUACGUUGGAUCAGUUGCUGAGCGCGAUGCCAUCAAAAAGGCUUACCUGGAUGGCAGGGGCUCCAUUAAAUACAUAAUCAAAAAUACUCCGUUCCUGGAUGCUAACGAUGGACCGCGGGUUCACAAGGUUGUUUGCAAAAUGAUUCAAGAAAAACUGAUUCCGCCACCAUCCCAUUUCACCGGAGAACCGCCUCAAAUGCGUGCCAAGCCAAACAAUGCUGGGGAGGAGCGUAACGAGAAUCCCAAAGCACAGUAGCACCAGUUGACCAUUGCUUGAAGAUUUAUAUGGGCCUGGCUAUCAACGCGCUCUGAAACAAGGAUCCUGUAGGGGAUCCUGUUAAAAACCACAAGCCUUAAGCCUGAUUUAACUGCACUAAUUUUAUUCGAUUCGAAGUUCUUAUGCUGCACUAGCUUCAGAGACAGAUUUUUUAAUAAAUAAUAUGCUUGUAAAUGUAUUAAAUCGUGGUCUAUAACGACCUUUAAUUGUCUGGUCUUACAAAAUAUAGUCGACACAAUUUUUAGGGUGA